AUGGUUGGUCUGGAUGUGGAUCGCUCACGCCCCAACUUUUAUGAAGCGAGUGGUAUGCUGCUGAUUUCUGGAGUUGGUCUCCUGUAUGUUAGUGACUUUGAGAACCUUAAUGGCUGGCUCAAAGUUAUCUCCGUCACUGUAGCAGGAGUUAAUCUAGUUGUCAAAAAGGUUCAUGAGCUGGAAGAGGGGCAACACUGGCGCAAUAGGUUCGAGGUUAUACAGUCUUUUCAACCAGACCGCGGCCUUCAGGGGAGUGAUGAGUCUCAUCGAUCCUGCUAUGGCUACCAUCAGUCGGGCAAUUUUGCGCAGGAAUGA